AUGGUGCGGAUAGCCAGCGCGCUGGGGCUCCUCAUGUUCAGCGUGGCGCUGCUCAUCCUGUCGCUCAUCAGCUACGUGUCCAUCAAGAAGGACUUCCUGCUCAGCACCCCCAGAUACGGACCCAACGGAGGAUCCAGGAUUUCCAUGUUCCACGCAGGGUUUCGCUCCCAGCUGGCGAUGAAGUAUCUGGAUCCAGCUUUCACUCCCCUGACCAACGCUCUCAGCGAAGACCUGCAGAACUCCUCCAAAUGGACCUACAACAGCACUGCUUUUACACAGCUGAAAAAAGAGAUCUCUCAGUACAUCGACAUCCCCCACAACUUCACACUGACGCGAGGCUCAGUCCGCAUCGGACAGCUGAUGCACUAUGACUACUCCAGCCACAAGUACGUCUUCUCCAUUGGCGAGAACUUCCGCUCCCUCCUCCCCGAGACCUCGCCGAUCCUCAACAAGCACUACAAUGUCUGUGCGGUGGUUGGCAACAGCGGCAUCCUCACCGGCUCGCGAUGUGGCGCUCAGAUCGAGAAGUUUGACUUCGUCUUCCGUUGCAACUUCGCACCGACCGAGAUCUUCAAGAAGGACGUCGGGCGACGGACCAACAUGACAACCUUCAAUCCCAGUAUACUGGAGAAAUACUACAACAAUUUACUGACUGUGCAGGACAGGAACAACUUCUUCCUGAGUUUGAAGAAGCUGGACGGCGCCAUCCUCUGGAUCCCGGCAUUUUUCUUCCACACGUCAGCCACAGUGACGAGGACGCUGGUUGAUUUCUUCGUGGAACAUCGAGGUCAGCUGAAGGUCCAGUUGGCGUGGCCUGGAAACAUCAUGCAGUAUAUCAACAACUACUGGAAAACCAAGCAGCUGUCGCCGAAGCGCCUGAGCACCGGCAUCCUGAUGUACACGCUGGCGUCCUCCAUGUGCGACCAGAUCCACCUGUACGGCUUCUGGCCCUUUGGCUGGGACCCUAAUACGGGUAAGGAGCUGCCAUACCACUACUACGAUAAGAAGGGCACGAAGUUCACCACCAAGUGGCAGGAGUCCCAUCAGCUUCCCGCCGAGUUCAAACUCCUCUACAAGAUGCACACGGAGGGACUGCUGAAGCUCUCCCUCUCCCACUGCGCUUAG